AUGCAAGAUUGCAAUGGAACUAGUACCCCAUUAGAAGUAAGGUUAGUGCUGUCCAAGGAGGGCAAUGAUGAACUGAUUGAUCCUACAACCUUCAAGCAUAUUGUAGGAUCCUUGGGGUAUUUGUGCAACACAAGGCCACAUAUUGCAUAUAAUGUUGGGGUUAUUAGUAGAUAUAUGGAGAAGCCUAGGACAUCACACUACAUGAUAGUAAAAAGGAUUUUGAGAUACAUCAAGGAAACCAUUGAGCUUGGCCUGUUGUACCCCAUAAAUCUGAACGAAGAUGAAGUUGAACUUGUUGGCUUUACUGAUGUUGACUUUGUAGAGACAAAGAUGAUAGGAAAAGUACCACAGGCUAUGUGUUUAUGA